CACGCGGUGUCCAGUGUAUCAAAGGCCUAUAUAAGAGCUAGACAGUGGACACUCGAUCACUCUGGUUCUGUUGAUUCAUUUUGGUUUACUGGACACAAGACGUCUUGAAGAUGUUACGCUUUCUAGUUGUUGCUGCUUUGAUUACACUGUCCUGUGCAUUGCGUUCAGAACUGAAUGACUUGUGGGCCUCUUUCAAGGAGAGACAUGGCAAGUCUUACACUCGCCAACACGACGUCAUGAGGAGAGAGAUAUGGGAGUCCAACAUUCAACGCAUUGAAAAGCACAACAUUCUGGCUGACAGGGGCGUCUACACCUACUGGAUGGGCGAAAAUGAAUUCGCAGAUUUGACCAACGCUGAAUUUAGAGCCAUGAAAAACGGAUUCAGAGCCUCCAACAAGACAUCUCAUCAUGUCCUGUAUGUGUCCGAACCAAAUGUUGCACUUCCUGCUGAGGUCGACUGGAGAAAGGAAGGCUACGUCACAGGGGUCAAAGAUCAGGGUCACUGCGGUUCAUGCUGGGCUUUCUCUGCUACUGGUGCCUUAGAAGGUCAAACUUUCAAGAAAACACAGAAACUUGUCUCCCUUUCUGAACAAAAUUUAGUCGACUGUUCCGGACCCUGGGGUAACCAUGGAUGUGGUGGUGGACUUAUGACCUACGCCUUCACAUACAUUAAAGAUAACAAAGGAAUCGACAGUGAAGAGUCCUACCCUUACGUUGGAGUGGACCAACCCUGUGCAUUUAAACGUGAGUACGUUGCUGCUACUGACACAGGAUACGUGGAAGUGGAGUCUGGCAGUGAACAAGCUUUACAACAGGCUGUGGCUGAGAUCGGACCAAUCAGCGCCGCUAUCGAUGCCAGCCACGAUUCCUUCGUGUACUACAAAAGUGGAAUUUACCAAGAACCAAUUUGUGGCAACAGUUUAACUGACAUGGACCACGCUAUUUUGGUCGUAGGAUACGGCACAGAAAACGGACAAGAUUACUGGCUGGUUAAAAACAGCUGGGGUGUCGCCUGGGGAGACAAAGGAUACGUCAAGAUGGCUCGUAACCAGAAAAACAACUGUGGAAUCGCCACUAUGGCCUCUUACCCUACUGUUUAAUUCCAGAUGUAUCUAUUGUGUGUAUGUGCGAGUGGACUUAUCAGACAUGACUGGUUGACAACUAAAACGUUUUACAAAAUGUAAAUAAAUCAAUUUUUAAACCAUU